AUUCCCUUCUACUCCCUUUGUCGUUUUGGUCGGCGCGCUGUUCUACUGCGCUUUGGCCUUCCACUCUGGCCGCCAUUUUCUAGAGUUGUGUGUUUCGCUGGUCGUGGUUCAGGGGAAAAGUUGCGAUCUUCUCAGCUGGGCAUGGUGUCAAACUGCUAUAUGUAUGUGUGUGUGUGUGAUUUUCAUCUGCCCUAGUUUGUGCCCGUCCUUGCCUCCGCAGCCUCCCUCACCAAGCGCCUGUUAAGCCUCUGCCGCCGCCCCCAAGAUGCUUGAAGCCUAUAGGACCAGCUCGCCCUCUGCCGACUGGAGGCCGUCCCCGGUCGCCGCCCUCGCCACCAGCCCCGAUGGCUCGAAGGUCGCCGCAGCCCGCGAAGACGGCUCGCUCGAGAUUUGGCUCGUCUCCCCCGGUUCUGUCGGCUGGCACUGCCAGCUGACCAUCUUUGGUGACCCUAACUCCAAAGUGUCAUCACUUGUUUGGUCGCAUUCUGGAAGACUCUUCUCCUCGAGUAUCGAUGGCUCGGUGUCGGAGUGGGACCUCUAUAACCUGAAGCAGAAGACUGUGCUGAAAACUAUUGGGGUCUCAAUCUGGCAAAUGGCUGUGGCACCAUUAAGUAAUUCACUUCCUCACAAGGAGCAGAAGGCAGGGCAAAUUGAAAAUGGGCAUGCUGAUGAAGAUCUAGAUAAUGGUAUCGGUGAUGUUACAAGUGAAAGUGACGAUGAUUCUGACUCUGUUGAACUUCACGAGCAAAUGGUGACAGAAAGUGAACGCCUGGCAUUUGGCUGUGAUGACGGUUGUAUUCGGAUAUACAAUAUAUCAGAGUCACACGAAUUGGUAUACAGUAGGUCAUUGCCCAGGGUCAGUGGGCGCGUUUUAAGUGUGACUUGGAGUCCAGAUGCUAGUUUGAUAUAUUCAGGAACCAGUGAUGGGUUCAUAAGAUGCUGGGAUGCUAAAUCAUGCCGUGAGAUUUAUAGGAUCACUGUUGGUCUUGGAGGUAGGGGUAGUGGACAGGAUCUUUGCGUGUGGUCGUUGCUUGCAUUAAGAUCUGGAACACUUGUGAGUGGUGACAGUACUGGCAGUGUUCAGUUUUGGGACAGUCAGCAUGGAACGCUUUUACAGGCUCAUUCCUUGCAUAAAGGUGAUGUGAAUGCCCUCAUGGCGGCUCCUAGCCAUAACAGGGUGUUCUCUGCUGGUUCUGAUGGUCAGGUUAUCCUAUAUAAGCUUUCCAAUGAGAGGCUUGGUGCCAGCAAUGACAAAUUAUCGACAGUGUCAAAGAAAUGGAUUUAUGUUGGUUAUGUUAGAGCACAUACACAUGAUGUCAGGUCUUUGACAAUUGCAAUGCCAAUUAGUCGUGAAGAUCCCUUGCCAGAUGAAAAAUUUAAACGAAUGCGUCGUAGGGAGAAACCUGUUGAUUUUAGUUACCGGAAAUGGGCUCAUACAGGAGUCCCAAUGCUCAUCUCAGCUGGUGAUGACACAAAGCUCUUUGCUUACACUGUCCAGGAGUUUACCAAGUUUGCUCCACAUGAUAUCUGCCCUACCCCUCAGAGAUUGCCCAUUCAACUGGGGCUUAACUCAAUUUCUAAUGCGAGUUCUUUGCUUUUAGUCCAGUCGCCUUUCUGGUUGGAUAUUCUCUCUGUGCGGACAGAGAGUGGUGCCUUUCGUGGUACCAGUUCUGGCCCUGCUGGGGGCAGGGCAGCUACUGAGCUUCUGGCUCGAGUCAAGAGCAAGGCAUCUCGAAGAAUCAUUUGCAGUGCCAUUUCUUCUUCAGGAGCACAAUUUGCUUAUUCUGACCAUACAAAACCCAGUCUUUUUGAGUUAAGUAAAGUUGAAGGUGGCAAAAGUGCGUGUUCUGUGAAUAAAAAGCAACUUCCUCAGAGAUUACCGUCUGCUCAUUCAAUGGUUUUUAGUUUUGAUUCAAGUCGGUUGAUCUUGGCUGGGCACGACCGAAGAAUUUAUGUUAUUGAUGUGGGAACAUCAGAACUACUACAGACCUUCAAACUCUGCCGUGAUGAGUCUACUGGGAAGUUAGCUCCUGACGAGCCUCCGAUAACAAAAAUGUUUACCAGCUCUGAUGGGCAGUGGCUAGCUGCUGUCAAUUGUUUUGGAGACAUUUAUGUCUACAACCUCGAGAUACAAAGGCAGCACUGGUUCAUCUCAAGACUGGACGGUGCAUCAGUUACAGCUGGUGGAUUCCCUCCUUCAAACAGUAACAUUCUGGUAGUCACCACAUCAUCAAACCAAGUGUAUGUAUUCGAUGUCGAGGCAAAGCAGUUGGGAGAAUGGUCAACACGAAAUACGUUUGCUCUACCUAAGAGGUUCCAGGAAUUUCCUGGAGAGGUCAUUGGACUUUCUUUCCCUUCCUCAUCGAACUCAUCAUCCAUUGUGAUUUACAGUUCCAGGUCUAUGUGCGUAAUCGACUUCGGAUUGCCAGUGGACCGGGAAGAGGAUUAUGAUUUCAAGGACGAUAAGGAUUUGGCAUUGAUGAAGUUACAGUACCCCCAUGUAAAUGGGAAAAGGAAACAUAGGCACGAACUUAUAAAUAAUGCUAAAGUUAGCAAUAGGAAAAACUUUGAAUUUUUCGGGUUCCGAGACCCCGUUUUGUUUAUUGGGCACCUCUCAAAGGGCUCUGUCUUGAUCGUAGACCAGCCAUGGUUGGAAGUCAUUAAGAAGAUGGAAUCAGCUCCAGUACACAGACAUAUCUUUGGGACAUAAAAGCAGCCUGCUUCGAGGAUAAGAUGAUUUUGUCGACGUGAAACAGAGUCAGUUCGAGGAUGAAGAUGGUAUUGUCUGUCAUACACAAGCUCGAGCUCGAGAGAGGAGAGGCUCGAUCAAUGGUCGGGUGGUGCCUUGUUAAUUGAGGUUUUUCCCUGGGGUCUUUAGUGGCUAUUAGCAUGUUGUUCUUUGUAUCACAAUUCUUUCUUACAACCAAAAUUUUGCUUCGUUCUGUCCUGUUUUGUUUUGUUUUGUUUUGUUUUGUUUUUAUUACCUUCUUCUAAACAAAUCCCAUCUAUUAUGAUUCAUCGGCCUCAUUUUGCUCA